UCUGUGGCGUGUCCAUCCAUUCGAUGUUGUUCUCUGGUGGGGCGUAGGCAGCGUUAACUGCCGAAAAUAUUCGCUCAGUGGUACAGUUGCAAAUUAAACGGCUGUUGCGAAUAAUUUUGUCACUAGGAGCAUUCUGUUUUGAAUCUGCUAUGGAAACGAUCGUCUCGUGGAGUCUUCUGAGUGAUGUUUAGUGCUGCUACAACGUUGCCUCUAUCGCACUAUGGCCAACCUCAGGCGACACUUCAAUUUCGGUUCUCACAAGAGUGGAUCCGUCAACACGUUCGGGCUUUCGCAUGGCAAUCAGUCAAACUCUGAAGGCAUCGCAUUUCCAGACCAUGCAUUUAGCAGGUCGGCGUUUAUGAAUGAAGUCUGCAGCUUCCUCGACCACUGUUCAGCGUAUAUACAGGCACUGAACUCAUUUUGUAGCUCCAGUAGUGUCUUGGCCAAGAGCCUGGUGCGGGUCUUUCACAAUGUACCUGUUUACCGAGAAGUUGCCGCCCUCUUUCUUGGUGCGUGGGAAGACCUGGGACGAGUAACAGCAGCUGCCAGUGCAGCAGUGAAGACAGAGACUCUGAUGACACUUCAGGAUGUCCUGAACAAACUGGAGGGAGAAUCUCCUGGGGAUGAAUCUGCUGCACUUACGGAAAGCAUUCAGGCUGUGGGUUCAUGCCUUGGAUCCUACCUGGAGCUGCAAGUGCAAUUUUCUUACUCUGCUUGGAAGGCCUUGAGCAAGAUUUCCAAAAGUUUGCCUCAAGAGAGAAACUCCAGCAAGUCGGCAGCGGCAAAGUCAUCAGCAGAGCUUGCUGCUACUAUUAAAAAACACUUUGCUAGCUUACUGCAUAAAUUGGGGCCAAAUACAAAACAGGGUUCCCUUGCCACUGGGGUAGCAGACAGCCAGCAAAGCCAGUUCUAUGUUGAAGGCUCAGUGCCUGCAUCCAGCAGCCUGACAUCUACACCUGAAGGGCCCGCUCAGUCUGGCACUAAAGCUCUUGGUUGGACACAUACCUCCGAAGAGCUCAUAGGAUCAACAGGUGCCACUCAGCCUCCCGUGCAACCAGGACAACAAGAGAGUGGGCUCCUUGGAGUGCUUGACACAGGAGGUGACCUGGAGGACGUGAUAAACCUGCUGUCUGCUGCACCACACCCCAGCCCAGCAACAGCUCGUCCUAAAGGCUUUCUGCGUGAAGCAGCCCUUGCUUUGUGGCCCCCACCUGCAGCCGCUGCCCUGGGUAGCUGCAGUGGCAAGCGCACUUGGCCACGGCCCACAAGUGGUGCCCAGCAGGGUCUUAGUGCUUUUGGAGUUGACCCUUUUAUGUGGAGCAGCUUGGGGCAGUUUGAUCAACGUGCACUCUGCUCCGGCUUGCCAUCUAGUCAGAGUGACUGCAUGUCUGGUGGCUUCUGGUCAUCAGGGGAAAGACAAGGGUGGAGCAGCUUAGUAAGUGGAGAAAAUGGAAGUUCCAGUGAUGAGUCAUCGUCAAAUAAUGGCCAGGAUUCGGAUACAUUUCUAAUGGGGCUCAACUUGGCAGGGAGUGACCUUGUGGCAUCUGUUCGACAGAGGAGGCACAGCAGUAGCGAUGGACCGCCUGAGGGCUUACACAAUGCACUCGACAGUUUGUCAAACACAGAUGGUGGACAGCUGGAUACAAGAGCUGUGAAGACCUCCACAUGGCCUCUAAAGCAGUCCAGUUCAUUUCCUGUCAACUUGCCCCUCUCUCAUUCUGUGGGCGACGCCGCCAACGAUGGAGGUUGCCUCGAUGAUGCUGCUGGGGCUGGUUUCUCAGGCAGUGUCAACUCUUAUUUUUUGUUUGGGCACGGCUCGUGACAAUCUCGCCUGCAUCUCACAUUCUAGUGUGUGUACCCAGCUUUUUUUUCACAAAGCUGUGUAACAUCUUUGAUGCAGUGGUGCCAGUAACAGGGAUUCACAUUCUGCCGCUGCUUGGCUAACAAAGUGUUCUGCGUUAUUGUGGGAACAAACUGUAUUGAGCGCAAGUGCAAAUCAUCCCUGGACAUACAUUUGGCUUUUUAGGAACUUCUGUGCUGUGCAGGCAUGGCACUUUGUGUGUGUGCUUCUGGAAUGUUUCACUCAUGACACAUGCUGCCUGCAAGCCAUAACACCAAGAAUGUAGGCAUAGCCAUGAUUUUAUACUGGAUAUUUUUGUUGUUCAUUUAUGCUUAAGGCGCGAACAAUUUUGUUUUAAACAUACAAGGGCAUUGCGAAUUUACUGUCAUGGUAAACAUCUGAAGAGAGCUUCCAGUCUGUCACCAAAAUGGCAAAUUGCCUUUCAACUGCAAUGAAGUUCUUGCUUUUUACAUGAUUUUCUUUGGGAAUGCAUGUGGGAUUUUAUUGAAGCUGCGAGAUUUCUUCUGUGGUUUUAUAUUUUUUGAAGAGACGUGACCCAUGAGGGCAAGUUUUUAAGCUAGUCAUUCAGGAUUUCUAGUUCAUUUGUCUGUAAAGUAAGCAUAUUCCAAUCUGGCAACAUACCACCACUGCUCAAAUUUAGAUGACAACUAUAGACCUCACUAUGUACUUACAUUAGAAAGGCACACCAGAGCUUAGGUUAGUUCAGUGGCAAGCAGAGUCUGCACUCACACUCUUCCACUCUUUGAAUGAAGCAUUUUGCUGAGAAGUAGCAUGCGAGUUUGCAUUGUAAUAGCAGUAAAAAUGCACAGAAAGUAAUGAAUAUGCAAAUGUGACACUUUGAUAGGUGACUGCUUAGACAAAAUGCUGCGAAUAAUGGGCCACCUUGGCUAUAAUAAUAUGCCAGGAGGGUAAGCCUCGUGCUUUGCAGAAUGAGAAUUUGUGCAAGCAUGCAUAUUUUUUACUAGUUCAAUUAGCAUGAUGCAUAUUAAAGGGGCCAUGACAUGGUCAUACAACUGUUCUCAAUUUAUCAUUGUAACUGAGGGUGCAGGAGCCAAUAUGGUUAUGCACGCACACAAACAAACAAACAAACUUGUCUCUCAAUGCACAUUUUAACUUGGAAUUUCAAUUGCUGACUAAUCCACCCUUCUUACAUACAUCGCACAUCAUUGCAUCAGGAAGUGCUAGGCUAAUACUAUUUUGUCAGCUUCAAAGCAUCUAAAAUCGCAUCAGAUGUCUUCUUGCUCCACAUGCCCUGCACCCAAUGGUGCAUCAAGAGUGUUGCAUGUGAAUUGCUGCCACAAUUUUUUAUUUAUGGGACAAAAUCGGCACAAACUAGUGAACACCUACAGUAACUUUCUUGCGCUGACCACCAAGAUGCACAGAACUCAACACGCUUGUAUAGAAUGAUGGAGCCCCGCAUUCUGGACUGCAGAAACGGUGUCUACUGAGAAUGCGUGGUUUGAGGUAGCCCAACUGCACGCCUGUGCUGCCACCAAUGAUGUGUGAUUAGAUGUGGGCUGUCUCACAUGAGCCCUAGUAGGUAGACGUCACCAAUGCAGUCCGGAACACACCGCUCGAGCGUUCUCGACAAGUGUGUUGAGCUCUGUGCAUGUCAAAACAAAGUGACACCAUGGUGACAACAUAUUUCCAGCUCCUGCAAUCGCUUCUGGCAGUUGCAGUACCCAAAGGCAUGGCCUUCAGUAUUGUGUUUCGUUACUUCAAGGGAACCUUUGCUGUAGAUGUGAUGUGCUACCAUUCAACUUCAAUGUAAAUAAAAUUCAAAUGAAAUUUUGUUCUCAUGGCCACUUUGAAGGGGCCCUGCAACAUCUUUUUAAGUUGUCAAUAGUAAGUUACCUCACUAUUGUAUCACCUUGACUCGGAAAACUUCUGCUGGAAAAAAAAUUUCACUCUUUUAAGUAUAAUGGGAGUUGCAGGUAGUUAUGGCUCAAGGUUAGCGCUUUCUCUCUCCUUUCAUCGCCACAAGUGCACUAAAAGCUACAAGGGGGGAUGGCAAGGGGCCAAUGCAUUGCCCAAGGGUUACGCUGACGAGUGUCAUGGCCUUGAGCAUUUCAUUCAUUUUCUAUUAAACUUAUUGGCCGCUAUUUAUUAGGGGUGUGUGAAUACUGAAUAUAGUAGCUUUUCAAAUCAAAUACGGUGUCGAAUUAAGAAGAAAAGCCAAAUAUCAAAUUGAAUAUUGAAUAUAAAAAAUUUUGUUUCACAGGCCUCAACUUUUACAAGUUUUCAUGUAAAAUAAAUUCUGUCGGGGAAUGUGGUCGCGGGUGGGGUUUUCUCGUUUGUUUGCUUGAUGUGCGAUACAUGCGGGCGGGGGAGGACAGUUGGAUAAAUUACCGUACUAUGUGCUUGUUUAAGUUUCCGAACGAGCAUGCAGUCAUAAAAACAGAGUAGAAAUGUCAGCUUUCAUUGAAUAUAAUCGAGCGGUUGGGGCGUGAAGCCAUUGGAAUGACCAAAUUAUCAAGCAGCAACUACAGUAGAACCUCAUUAAUGCGUACCCGCUCUAAACUUAAUAAUGGCUAAAACGUAGUUGCAACGAAUCCCCGCGACCAAGUAUCACGGAGGCUAAUGUAUUUGCUCACCGCUUAAUCCGUAGUGGAUCGUCCUGUAACUACCUGUUAAAGUGUAGUGCAAUCACUUUUUGUUGCAGAAAGGUUAGCUACAAUUCUCGACUGUCUGUGUGGCUAAAGCUACAAUGUGCCGCAAAAGGCUUUCCGUCUUUUCUGCAAGUGCAGAGAUCGGUCAUUUAAUGAUUCCAACUUCAAUGCAAUUGCAGCGAUGCCUUUACCAUUAAGCAUUAGAAAAGAACAAAGGCAAGGUGGUGGCCACUGAUAACUUAAUCACUAUGACUUAUCACUUAAAACCCUAUCACGAUAAGUAUCUUCAGCUUGGCAUCGCAUCUGCUGUAGUGCUGCUCUAAUCGUACUGCUCACUUUUAGGUGGCGGCAGCCCAAACACGCUGUGCCAUUUUUUGCCACCUCCUUGUGCACGACAGCCAAUGAGUCGCUGGUACGCAGAUUGUGCGUCACUUGCAGGAAGCUUGCCGUCGCCGCACCCCUGCACAACUUUCAGGAAUGGAGUGGGUACGAUGAACACUCCCACAUGUGUAAAAUGCACACAGUGGCCUGCUGCACGCAACUAGCCAGCCUGGGACAUUUGGCUUCACGUGUUAGCAUGUAGCAAAUUUCAGUGAAACAAUGCCUGUUUUCUCUCACUAGCAGACCGUGCACAGAGACACACAGUUGUAUCGGGGAAAGCCAAUGCGUGUGUCUGUCCGCUCUGUCCACUCGGUCAGUCGUUGUGGGUUACGGGCCCUGUAAUAGUUUCAAAAUACUCCUUGGCAUCACCACCGUGCACUGUCGGACGUCUGCAAUUUUUUCAGCACUUUGUUAAAAAAAAAAAGAAGAACCUUGUAAUGGAGACUUUAUGCAACAUCUGCUGUGGCAUUGUAUUUAUUUCUUUGUUGGUAGCGCCGGCACAUGUCAGGAGAUGCAAAUUUGUACUUGGUGGUUGAUACUGUUUAGCAUGUGGUUAUGCCACAUUUCCAUCAGGUGCGUAUUAAUGAAGAAGUUUCACUAUUUGAGAAAUUGAAUAGUACAUAUUCAAUUUGUAUUCGAGUAUUCACACACGUCUAUAUAUAUGGUUCAAAUGUGCACAGCACUGGCGCGUGGUGUCACCUUAUGGCAGACACGGUACAUCCAUGAUGAUGCAAAACAAGCAACGCACAAUUAUUGUGCUUAAGUGCGAGUUCACACUGUGGGCUGGCCAAGGUAUGUACAGCCAUCAGCACACUUAACUCGAACGCUCCAUUGCGUAGCCUCGACCAGCUUCGACUGACGCCAGCGUCGCCAAACGUUGGACGCGGUAGCGGUAUGUUUGCAAAAGCUAACGAUAGAUGGAGCGCGAGUCGAUUUGACUGGUAAAUUUCUGUUUCUCUUCUGCCUGACCAGCGAGUCAAAUACACUCACUUGGCAGGUCCGUUUUCGCCACGUUUAGCUCGAGGUUGCGUUCUCACGCACAGCCCUGAAAUUCGUUGUUGUAUACUUAUCUUAGUGAUUAUCCAUUGCGUGCGAGAGCUCACACACCUUUCGAGUUCGAAUUCACAGUUGGCGCUUGAAAGAAAUGAAAUAUUGGAAAAGCAGAGCAAACGCAGGUUCAUGGUGUUUGUAAAAGUUGCAUUAUAAGUAAGUAAAUAAAUAAAUAAACUUAAACGUGCAAGGUGCGUGAGCUGUCGCACGCAAUGGUUCAUUGCCGAGAUGAGCAUACGGCAAUGAAUUUCAUGAGCGCGCAUGAGAACGCUGCCAAACAAGCCGAUUGGAUCUGCCGGUCAGGUAGAAGAGAAAACAGAAAUUUACACAUGAAAUCAACCCGCGCUCCAUCUUUCGUUAGCUGCUGCAAACAUGCGGUGUCCAACGCUUGGCGGCGAUGGCGUCAGUCGAAGCCGGUCAAGGCCACGCAGUGGAGCUUUUGAGUUAACCAUGUUGACGGCUGUAUAUACCUGGUGCAGACCAGCUUAGUCCUGCAUCAGCUUGACUGCAGGAUGCUGCCUCACUUUUAUGUCGGAAUAAAUGAAAGAUUAAACAAACAAUAGUCCAAGAGUCAGGAAGAGCAAAUACGAAAUAUUUUCUGGUGUUUUGGUAAUGUACGUACGUAUAUAAUUACAGUUAUGUAACUAAAUACAGUAAAACCUCGGUGAUACGAUCACGGCUCGUACGAAUUUCGGGGUGAUACGAGUUUUUCUGUGGUCCCGGCCAAGGCCCAUUAGUCUACAAUGUAUUGGAGUACAGUUGUUGCGAACCGAUUUGCACCCCACGACAUUUGAUACGAAGGUACGCUAGCGCACAGUUACGAACAGGUGCUGCCAGCGCUGUCGCGGAAGACGCGGCAGUCACUUGCGGACGCGGGCAUGCUCGCUGCGCGACCAUCAGUGGUGGGUCGUUGCCUCCGAGAUAGUGCGCGCGAACCUUGGAGGCCUUUAGGCGCCUUCACGUUUAGAUUAAAAAUGACGUUGACAUCACGCUUUUUUUUUUCUAGCGCGUUGACGCGUGCUCCUGAGCUCGAGGCAGCAGCCUCUUUGUACUGUGUUAACACGUGCCUGCCACGUUGAUGCAAGCCAUGUCCCCGCAAUCAGACGUUCUAUGAAACAAGACUGAAACAUGGGCUGCGGGUCCGUCAUGAAGUCCCAUGAAAGGUGGACAAAGACACCAAGAGACGAAGCAGACGGUCGUGGCGAAGGAGUUUGGCCUCUUAUCUAUCGUGUGCGAAGCGCUUCUUAAGUCACUUUCGCCGUAGCACUUUGGUGUCAUGCAGAAAAGCGCAGUAAGAUUAGGAAGGGGCUACAAGCGGUCACGGGGCACAACACAUCUGGUCCAUUAAUUACACACGCGCAUGUACCGUAUAUUUACGAGUAAAAGUAUGAUCGCUGACGUCUACAAACUUUACUGGCAAUCAUUCAGGGCUGUUCAUGACGUCGCUGCAGCCCUGAGAAACACUGAAUCAAAACAUAUGCCAACUUUCUUUUGUCGCAUACCAAUUUUCCAUGUUUUCUGGUGAUACAAAUUUUGGAUGAUACAAAUAUUUUUGGUAACCCCGCGAGAUUCGUAUCACCGAGGUUUUACUGUAUAAGCACCAAGACUAUUGCCCAAAAUGUUCUCGUGAUCAUGAAAUCGGCCAAUACCUGUCGGGCCGCUGCAUAUUUGGUGACGACAUUGUGUUGGAGAGAGCAAGUGAUUUCGGUGGUUUUUGACUUGAAGUUGAAAACUUUCUACUGCAUGUAGUCCAAUAAUAUUUGGCUCACAUAUUCACAGGAGCCUGAACUGCAGAUUGGCAACAUUUUCUGAUUGUUAAAAAAGUGUUGCAAAGGCCCCUUUAAGUAGACUAAGUGUAAAGCAUGUUUCAAGAUACCUUUGGCACAAAAAAAAAAAAAAAGACACCACCUCAUGAACUUUUUUUGCACAGUAAGUUUUAGAUUUUGUACCAGUGGAGUUAUGAAGAUCCAAAAAUUUCGCUUUACUUGCUUCUAGGCUUUUUCUCUCUUUUCAUUUUUUCUAACACACUGCAAGCAUUCCAGUAGCAUAGUGCUCCAUCCAUUGACAAGUUGUCAUGCUGUACUUUUGCUUCUUUAUUGCAAAUGCCAAAACUAACUUUGAGUGGUUGUAAGAUUGCCAUCCACACUUGUUCAUUUUCUCUACUGGUCAGCUCAUACAUUUUAUCUCAACAAAUCCAGCCAAUAGCCAUUCAUUACGAAAUUGCAUAUACAUAUACCUGUAAAUAAAAGGGUAGGGAGGUUUCAAAGUACCUACAGGAAAGGUUUGGCACAUACCAGUGGGUCUGUUGGCUGUGAACAUGACUGAAGACACUGCUGUGAGUACUCGCUGCUGGCUAGUAUGCAUAGUGCAGUCCACUCAGUUGCUUUAUUUUAUUUAACAUUUAUAAAGUGAUGUAGUUUGUAAAAAAAAGAAAUAUUAUCAGUUGUUGAUAAAACUACAGCUGUGACAGCCAGGAAGCUCAAUCACAUCGACUUGUUUUAAACUAAUUAGCACAGUGUGGUUAUAAAAUUAGCAACAAAAGAAGUGCAUAGCUCUUAAAGUAUGUACAGUGCUCACUUGCUUCUUUACAGGUGAUCUAAGUGUGCCACAUUUACACUUAUAGAAAAAACAAGCAAUCUUUUGGGUUAAAUUGUAGGCUGUCUGUAUUGCUUAGAGUUGUAAUAUUUUGUCUUGGGUGUUCAUGACAGUGCGAUAUGGUGACUGGAUAGGGUUAUUUACUAUAGUCAAAAGUGUUGCUGGGCCUGUGUUGUGUAUGACUGUAUGAGAACCUGCAUUUUUAUUCUGAAUAAGUUUUAAAGAACUUUGUAUACUUCUGGCAUUUUCAUGGUCUUCAAGCAGAAAGCUAGCUGUUAAAGAGAAAACAGGGAGUGCUGGCUUUCUGCACUGAUUUCAGUCGCACAAACACCUUUUGUUUUCAGGAAUUUGCAAUCUGUUCAAGAUCUCACCUUUAGACAGAUGGCCGCUUCAUGCAACCCAACUAUGCAGACAAAAAUGUGUGAUAUUGGAUAGAUGUUGAGAGCAUUAAUGCGGGUGAGCACUCUCUGAAUUGUUUCCAAUCUCUAGUAGGCAUGGAUUUGAGUACCACGUGUAGGAAGCGUACUCGGCCCGAGGGCCUAAUGGUAGUUAGGUCCCAUGCCCUAAAAGGCUCUGGGCUUGAGCUUGUUCAUACAGUUUCAUUACUGGAAACAACGGGAAAACAAUGAAAAGACAAGAAUAGACAGGACCAACAGGCAGGCAGUGCUUGGUCCUGUCCGUUCUUUCUGUCUCGUCAUUCUUUUUAGCGCUCUUUCCAGUAAUGUCCCAUGCUCAUUAAAGUUGGUUAUGUGUUACCAUUGUUAAUUGGGAUGGACAAUAAGCCAGGUGUGGACAGAAAGUCUUUUCAUUUUUGUGGUCUGUAAUGAAGUUUGCGAUACUCGAUUGCCUUCAUGUCAUGUGUCGACCAAGUGAAGUUGAGAAACUGGUAUUAGUAGCAAGAAAUUGUCACUAGAACACCAAUUUAUCAUCUGAGGGGUUCUGCUUUCUCCCCUGCUUGUCGUAUGAGCUGUGCUUCAUGAAGGAUGUUUUGGCUACUUCCUGCUGUUGGGCCUGGAAUAGCUUAAAUAAUUGUGGUAAUCAUGAAAUAAAAACCUUGUCACUUGGCUGUUGCAAGCUAGGUGGAGUUGAAUGGGUUUACCACUUAACAUUGCAGAGGGAUCCUGUAUCUUUGAACAAAUUUUUAUGAAAAAAGAUAUACCUGUAAAUUCAGCAUGUAAUAUUUCACUCUAAAUAUUGACAACACUUAUUGAUUGCAGACAUCGCAUAUGAUGCACAGCAACAUUCGUCAUAAAGAUUCUACAUAUAU